AUGAAGCCGAGGCGUGCAUGUUGCGCUCCGCGGCUUGACCCGCAGACGUGCUUCUGCAGCGAACCGGACCCAGCGCCGGGAAGUGCUGAGCUCCCGCGGCGCGGGGCGUGUGAGGGCCCUUCCUAGCCGGCCUCGGACUUCCGCGGUGGGGAACCCCUGCGGCAGAAGACGCUUUACCUUCCGUCCGCUUUUGUGACUUCACGUUUAUUUUGCUUUCUGAUUAAAAAGCUCACUUAUUUAAGUCACCUCUGCUUGUGGGGCUUGAACUCAUGACCCCAAGAUCAAAAGCCGCUCGCUCCUCGGACUGAGCCCUCGAGGUGCCCCAGGCCUUUACUUUUAACCGUGCUGGACACCGCGCAGAGCCUGCUUUCCUGGCAUGGGCGGCCUGUGUGCCGCGGGGCAGCCGUGGGUUUGCAGCUGGGACGAGCUAAAGCAGACGCAUGUUUCCUUGUGCGGGAUCUUGUCCACUUUUAGUGCAGACAGGAAGAUGCUUUCAAUUCGGAAAGAAAAUGGUGACUGGGAAUUGGAGCCUGAUCUGGGUGUCGAGGAGGGGCGGAAGCAGUGUUUUCUCUGCGCCUGGCUGCCUGUUGCCGCGGAAUGAGGGUCGGGCACAGACGAUAUCAACCUGAAUUCUCCUAACAAAGGUCUGCUGUCCGACUCCAUGACAGAUGUCCCUGUCGACACAACGGUGGCUGCCCAGACUCCUGCUGUCGAGGGUCUGACUGAGGCUGAGGAGGAGGAGCUUAGGGCUGAGCUUGCAAAGGUGGAAGAGGAAAUUGUCACUCUGCGCCAGGUGCUGGCAGCCAAGGAGAGGCACUGUGCAGAGCUGAAAAGGAAGCUGGGCCUCUCUGCCUUGGAGGGCCUGAAGCAGAACCUGUCCAGGAGCUGGCAUGACGUGCAGGUCUCUAACGCCUAUGUGAAAACUUCUGAGAAACUUGGAGAGUGGAAUGAGAAAGUGACCCAGUCAGACCUCUACAAGAAGACUCAAGAAACUCUCUCCCAGGCCGGACAGAAGACGUCGGCUGCCCUGUCCACCGUGGGCUCCGCCAUUAGCAGAAAGCUCGGGGACAUGAGGGCUCGUCCGUUCUCACACUCCUUUAGCAGCUCUUCAAUCCGCCACUCGAUAAGUAUGCCGGCCAUGAGGAAUUCUGCCACCUUCAAGUCGUUUGAAGACCGAGUUGGGAACAUAAAGUCUAAGGUUGCAGGUGGCAGAGAGAAUGGCACUGAGAACCUGCCCUCCCCGACCGGGAGUGGCGCCAAGCCCCUGCCCGGUCACACGCCUUUCUAAGCCCAUCCCAGCUUUGCCCUGCCAUGGAGAAGUGCAAGCCCACCCUCAUCGUCACAGCCGCGACGCUGUAGCGGAGCAGCCCGUCAGACCUCGGGUGGAUGCACCGAGCUGGCUUUGAGGAGGGUCCUGCCAUUCCCAUGGAUACGUGGCUGCUGUGUGCGCAUGAGUUCUACAGAACGCGGUCUUGUACGCAGAUGCUUUCCACUGAAGUUGGUAGAUGCAAACCACUGUGCCGUCCUUCCUGGGGUGCAGGGAGUAGACAGGACAGUGGGCCCUCUGGCGGUCUUGUUAGUUCGCGAGAACAUGGAAGGAACCGGAGAGUGAUAAGCAUAAAAUAAGUGGUAUUUCCUCAGCCUCCCCUUUCGUGAGUUAUAGAAGGAAUCUGCGGAAGAAAGAUUCGUCCAGAAAGUCCUCUGAUCUUCAGUUUUUAUUUCAAAUGCUAAAUGAGAAAACUCUCCAAUUUUUGAAACCCUCCAGCAAGAACCUGGUUAUCAACAGCGCCUAAUUCUUACACUAAUGAUCUAGCUUUAACAAAAGCAAAUUCUUUAUUUUUUAAAUGCAGCGAAUUUUUCGAAAAUUUAAGCCAAGCAAAGCAGCUUUAGUCUCCAUUAGAAAACACUAUUUCUUUGGACUCAAGCUGACAUACAAGCCUUACAUCGCAAUAUGCUUUAUUUGUUUAUAAUGUUUUUUAUAUGAAAAUAAGGGUUCUUCAGUGGGUUUCGAGCGUUAUGUAGACUUCUGCGUCUAGCCCGAAGGGCAGCAUGCUUGGACCCUUGGUGUGUUUUGUUCAGCAGAUGCACUGCAUUCCAGUGUAUGAAGCUUGCUUCUCUCUCCUCAAGGACUGGGAUAGCUCCUGCCAGCCAGAGGGCUCUGGGCCUCUGGGCGUGGAGGUGUGGGUGGGUAGGAGAAGCAGAAGCCAACACCCUGCACAGACGGCUGGGCUCCAACAUGCCCGUUUGCCGCACCCUGGGGACAAGUGGGAAGCAGAUGGGCCCUGCAUCGGGUCGGCUGGGACUCUGCUUUCGCCUUUUCUCAGGAGCUACAAAGAUCUCAUUCCCAUUCUGAAGCUGCCACACCCCAGCAGCCUUGUGGUCAGGGCCCCACGCAUGGGGUGUGUCUGGAGGGGCAGCUCCGUGCCUUAUUGGCUUCCAGCAGGCCGAGAGCGCACCUGUGCACGCGCAGAGUCCACUCUAGUAGACCGUGGUGUCCUCUGGUAAGCCGAGUGUCCGCUGGUCACUUCAGACGCCCUGGGUGGACUACGGUCUGUGCUGGCGCCAUGGGAAGAACAGCAUUUGGUGUUUUUUCUUCAGGGUUAGAAUCACGGAUGGGGUGUGCUGAGAAAGCAGGACACAAGUGUAGUAACUGAUUCAUCUUUUCCUUAAAGUGGAUAAUGGGGACUUUGUCAAUAAAGCAUUCCUUUGGGGAAGAACCCAUGUGA